UACUAGUUAAGAGAGGACAAGGAUCUUGGAGUCAGAGUUUAUGGAAGUGAUGAUCUGUCGUCGUUUUCUCUGUUCGCCACUCUCCCUCUUAUCUUCUUCUUCUUCUUCUUCUUCUUCUUCUUCAUCAAGGCUUCAACUUUGUGCUGCUUCUUCUGUCUCUUGCUCUCUCAUGGAGACCCACAACCAAGGCCGCACCAAAUUUUUGGAGUUUCCCUUCGUGUCUGCUAACCACAAGAACCUCGUGGUUGAUCUUGUUUCGACACUAGAGAAUCGCUUUCACUCUCACCUUCUUCCUUGCUCACUUCCCCCUGAUGUUCAAUGUUACCAAAGCCAGAGUGGUACAGCCCAAGCUACACUGCAUAUCAGAGCAGGCCAUAGUAACACCCCAAUAGAUUUUGUAUUGGGAAGCUGGGUGCAUUCUGAGCUACCAACAGGAGGAUCCUUAGAUAUAACAAGUCUUUCAGCCUAUCUUAACAGUUCAAAUGAUGCACCAAAUUUUGUGUUUGACCUGAUCCGUAGUGGUCCAACAAUGCUAGUUCUCGUUCUUGAUUUGACUCCUCGGAAGGAUCUUGUGCUUUGGCCAGAUGACCUCAAAACUUUCUACGAGGACACUCAAUUGGAUACACAUAGGCAGGCUCUGGAGAAACUUCCAGAGGUUCAACCUUAUUACUCUCCAUCCCUUUCCAUCCGCAGUUUUGCUUCUCCUACAGCUAUAAUGGUUCGUAUUCAGACAGAAAAUGGCGGAGUAGAGCGCAUGGAGGAUAUUAUCAGGAACCAUUUGGACCCCAUUUCAAAGCAAGUGUUGGGAAUCUGGUUGGAUCAUUGUGCUUGUGCCAAGCGAGAAGUAGGAGAGGCAGACAGAGCUUAUCUGAAAAAAAGGGAUGGUAUCAUUAGAAACAAUAUUAUAGAGUUUGAUUUGGGUUCAAGCUUUCCAAGGUUGUUUGGUCCAGAAGUAGCAAACCGGGUAUUGAAAGCCAUCAAGGAGUAUUUUACUGUUUGACAUGCAAUUUUAUUUGGAAGUGUUGGAUACUCUUGAGGUUACAUUGUCCUAACCUGCCUCUAAGUCUAAUGAGGCCAGAGUAUUGAGUCUCUAGUCUAAUAUGAAAUCUGUAAAUGUUAGUUUGUUCUCCAUCAUUGCGUGUGCAUCCUGACUCUGCUUAUAUAUUUAUAGCCAUUAGUGAGAUGAACCAUAUCACUUACUGUUAAAGAGUCUCUUUUAUUUUUACUGACUAUUAGAAAGUUAAUAUAAUGGAUCAUUUAUAAAAGUAUAAGGGAUCACUUAUUGUAUUAUAAUGAGGCUUUU